CGGGUCUUGAGUGACACCAUACACACUCUGAUUGGCUGGGAUUGGACAGUGGGACGUGCUCGUGCGCCGGCGUUUAACAGGUUGCGCAAGACGCCAUUUUGGAGUGACAGCGGAAAAAUAACGGAAGAUCGCGGAGCUAGCCUUGGACAAGCGCCGUCGCCAUGGGGAAUGUAUUCACUAACUUAUUUAAGGGCCUGUUUGGCAAGAAGGAGAUGAGGAUUCUAAUGGUGGGCCUUGAUGCUGCAGGGAAGACCACCAUCCUGUAUAAGUUGAAGCUCGGAGAGAUAGUCACCACCAUUCCCACCAUCGGUUUUAAUGUUGAGACGGUAGAAUAUAAGAACAUCAGUUUCACUGUUUGGGAUGUGGGCGGUCAGGACAAAAUCAGGCCGCUGUGGCGUCACUACUUCCAGAACACUCAAGGUCUGAUCUUUGUGGUGGACAGUAACGACAGAGAGCGGGUCAACGAGGCGCGGGAGGAACUGGCCAGGAUGUUGUCUGAGGACGAGCUGCGAGACGCCGUUCUGCUGGUGUUUGCUAACAAGCAGGACCUCCCCAACGCCAUGAACGCAGCAGAGAUCACAGACAAGCUGGGCCUGCACUCCCUGCGCCAGCGUAGUUGGUACAUCCAGGCCACGUGCGCCACCAGCGGUGACGGUCUGUACGAGGGUCUGGACUGGCUGUCCAACCAGCUGAAGAGUCAGAAAUGAUCCAUUCCACCAGUCCGGCUUUUUCUUUGUUGUUUCUUUGUUCUGUUUCGACACAAUGGCAGCACCGGAUCCAGACUCCAACGUGACCCGGCUUUCUUUCAACUACUUCCUUUGUCCCCUUCUCUCGGGUGGUGUGUGUACCUUGUGUUUGGUGGGCCAAACUCCGCCCACUCUGUCUGCACGUACCUUCUGUCCCCUCCCCCAGAGGAAGCAUGGUUUUCAUAAGGCCCCGACAGCAAGGGUGGCCCCUCCCCCACUGUAUUAAACACCUGAUUGCUAGACGCUGACUUACCUGCGAGCCCCGCCCACCUGUAAGAAGCAUUUAACCUGUAUCAGGUCAGACUGAGUCCACACCACAUCCUUGGUCUUUGCUGCCAUGUGAAAAUCAUGCUGUCUCUCCAGCACCAGACCUUGUCUUGGACUGAGACUUUGUCCUCCUUCAUCACUCUUUCUACUUUGACUGCGACCCAAACACCCCAGCAGCAGUCUGGAGGAGCUUUUCUCACCAGCGCUUUGGAUGACCAAACAAGAUGGUAGGUGGUUGGUGAAGUCCUGGCUGCUUCUUGUGUGGAGACUGAUUGUAAAUGUGUAAACUGUUUGUGUGGGCUUUCCUCAACACAUUAAUAAACAUGAUUUGAUCCAAA